AUGUACGCUCAAGCAAUCAUGGGCCGCGGUGGCUACAACCGCACCUCAUCUCCUACACUCGGCCGUGGAGGUUACAACCGCGAUGUCAAAGCCAGCGGCAUCAGCAGACCCAGCAAUCCCUCCAGUUUGACCGUUCGUUCUGCCCGUGCCGCCGAUGACGGCAGAGGUGGCUACAACUAG